UUGCUGCAAAUUAAAAAACAUUGCUUACUAGAGAUCUAAAGAGUGUGAAAGAGAAAGUUGAGCGUUUUCUUUAUUGUGCGGAUAUGUAGACAAUGGAACGGUACUGAAACAUUUCACAUAUAUUUUACGACACACCGUAACACUUAUCGCAGUUCCUCCGUUCUCUUCUCCAACAAGGUAAACGCUGUUUUACGACAAAAUGCAGUCCAUGCGUUAGUCUUUGGGCCUUCCCCUUAGAUGUUAUGAGACAUUUUUUAUCUUCAAAGGCAAAGAAAAGUAGACGCUUUUGAAAAGGAGCAAUUAGCCGUCAUUCAGUAGCUGGUUUUUCAUUUUUUUAAGGACACAUAACAUACCACAUAAAACAUAACAUAACACAUAACAUAACAUGCAUAGGAGUUACAAAUGCUGAAGAGGCGAUCACAGUAUUGAAAAUAGGCCGAUAGGCGAAAUAGACAGUUGAAGGUAUUGUAAAAGUAGAAAGGAAAAGAACGACGAGCGACGAGCGGCAAAAAAAGAAAAGGCGGCUUAGAAUUUGGUCUGAAAAGGCUCAUUUGGCCAAUAAAACAAAAGAAAAAACAGUGAAAAAGAAAAAAAGAAGAAAGACUGAAUUCAUAAAUGAUUAAUUAGAAAAUGAACCAAUGGUGCUAACAUCAAUUCUUUAUCUAUAAAGAUAAUUUGCAGGUGGCCCUCGCCGAUGAAUAAAUGAAUGAAUGACUAUCGAAAUGAAUAAAUGAACUUCUUAAACCCCCUGAAGGGAUAGAGGGCAAUCGGCACAAUUAAAGCUAAUAAUUUCUCCACUAUGCAAAUCUCUUAUAUCACAUUAAUUUUCCAAUUUAUUUGUUAUAAAGGUCGUUUUGCUCAUGUAGUACCGAAUUCUGGGUAGCACUCGUACAACUGGAAUAUCGAAGAAUAAUCUGAAACACACGAAGAGUCUUUGAAUUAAGCAAACCAUGGUUGAAAGUAGAUACCAUCAACUUUUAAAUGAUAUCCUGCUACAGUUUUUACAUUUCAUUGAAGUCAAAUAACUUAAUUGGAUAUCGAGCCUCCAAAGCAAAGCAAAGUGGGGUCAAAAACAUUCCUAGAACGUCAUUUGAAUGGAGUGUAGCAGGAAACUGAAAUAAGAAGUAUCGAUAAUGGUGGACAUUAGGGAUAUUGCUUUGAAUAGCACCGCGAACUCAACAAAUGGCACUGAAUGCUUUCCCUAUCGCAAUAGCCCCUCGGAAGUUGAAGAGCCAAAAGCAUCCGAGAAUUUUCGAACAGUGUUUAUGGCCUUUAUAAUAUUCUUUUCAAUAGUGGGCAAUGCUUUGGUAUUAAGAGGAGCCAUUUCUCGAAGGAACAAGCCAUUUGUUUACUAUCUGGUGAUAAAUCUAUCUAUAGCAGAAAUCAGUAUUGGCGUUCUGCGGCCAUUUGACAUGGUCGUCGAAAGAACACCUUUUAAAUGGGUGUUUGGUGAUUUAUUGUGCCAGCUCGUCAAGCCUUUGUCAUUAUGUGCUGCAAUGGUUGUCACGUUUACUCUAGCAGCCAUCGCAGUGUUCCGAGCCAUAAUGAUGCUUCAGCCAAAGAGGAAUCGCCCUACUAAACGAUUUGCUUUCAAAAUUAUGGCCUUUUCCUGGAUUUGGGGAGCUUGCUUGCUCACGCCCAUCGGGUUGAACCAAAAAUUGUAUGUAUAUCCGGAUCCGUGUGCUCCGGUUGUCCUUAAAAUCUGUAGCAUUGUUGAGGAUAUGCCCGUUUACGAUGUUGUGUAUUAUAUUGCAUUUUUUUUCGCGCCAUUUGCGUUGAUGUUGGCGUCUUAUAGCAUAGUGAUAUACAGGAUAAAACAGCACAUUCGUUCCGAGGAAACUAGUAGUCGAGAAGAAUCCAUUGAUAUGACCAGUGUCACUUGCACGAGAGCAAGCUCUUUGGAAAGCGAAACCAGACCUGCACAGUUCCUCGCGACAAAGCCGCCUCAAUCCUCUCCAUACAACCAAGCCUCGCAACUCAAAGACCUCAAACAAAGGCCUAGAAUAAUGCCCAAAAACAGAGAUAGCCAAAAAAGCAAGAUGUUAAAGUUUGAAAAAGAUGUCCUGAACAUUCUUUACAUCCUCAUUCUUGUUUUCUUUAUCUGUUAUCUUCCGUGGACAAUCAUGUAUAUUUUGUUGCAAAUAGCGAGGGUACCAAGUGCUAUAAAUUGGCCCUAUAAAAUAAUAUUCGACUGGUAUAUGACCUUGCUCCAUAGCCUACCUAGUGCCCUUCACCCCAUUUGUUAUGGAGCCGCGAGUAAAGUUAUAAAUAUAAACUUCAGAUUCCCAUGCAAAAGGUCAUGUGAGAAUUGAGAUGUGACUGAAUGAGGUGCAAGGUAUAAUACGCAUGUAAUGGAAAAUACAUCAUCAUGAACAACAACAACAACAAAAAGACAAAUGACAAAAAAAUAAAGUAAUAAAAACGGCACACCAUAGCGACCGACCAACGAUCAGAAGUUUUCAGUACAAUUCAAAAAGAUGUUUGAAAAACAAACGAGUGCAAAUUAUCCUAAAUUGAAGAAAAAUCGUGUUAUUACUUAGUAAUAGUGAAGUUGAUGAAUGGAUGACCAGAAACAAGUUAGAAUUGAAUGCUGAUAAGACCGAGAUUCUUGUCGUGUCGGCUGCUCAUCGUCCUAGACCACGUAAUAAUUUUCUUACGUUUUCUGACUAUGAUAUCUAGUCUCCGUCUUCAAUUGUUCUUGACAUUGGAGUUAUUGAUGAGAAAUUGUCUAUGAAAAACCAUAUCACCUCUAUUUGCAAGUCAUGCUUCUUUCAUAUUAAAAAUAUAGGGAAAAUUCGUAAAUAUAUCAGUGUUGAAGUAUGCGAAACUCUUGUCCAUGCCCUUAUAUCUUCCAGACUUGAUUUUUGCAAUUCUUUGUUGUAUGGUUUGCCUAAAUCUUUACUACAAAAACUUCAGCAUGUUCAAAAUGCAGCUGCACGACUUGUGUCUUAUGGACACAAACAUGAUCAUAUCACUCCAGUUCUUUUUCGCUUGCACUGGUUGCCUGUUGAGCAGCGCAUUGAAUUUAAAAUACUGUUGUUAACCUUCAAGGCUCUAAAUAAUGCUGCUCCUUUCUAUCUUCGUGAACUUGUUAAGCCAUAUGUCCCAGCUCGCUCCCUAAGAUCAGCAUCAUCAAAUCUUUUAACCAAAGGUUCCUUCAGCCUUAAAACAUAUGGGAAAAGAGCUUUCUCGAAUGCUUCUCCUGAGAUAUGGAACAGACUCCCGCAAAUAUUAGGUCUUCUGUAUCAAUUACCAGUUUCAAGCGGGAGCUUAAAACCUGGCUAUUUAAACAAACGUACAAUUUAUCUUAGCCAGUAAUUAAUCUAAUGAUGUUAUCAUUUUAAAUUUUUAUAAUAUAUAAAUGGAAUUCUUAUGAAAUCGGAUUCUUAA